GAUCGGCGAUAAGCGAUGUUGUUUCUGUUUGUUUUAAUUGAAACACGCGCUGUUUUUGGGAUUCUGGGUGGUCAUGGCAUCAGCAUUAGAAAAGCUCCUUACCAAGCGAACUAUGGUGACAUUUGUGGCGCUGUACUUGUGCAUCAAAAAUGGGCUUUAACAUCUGCGCAUUGUGGCACAGAUGCAACAUUCAUCCGUGUUGGGAGUAAAUAUAGGCUCAGAGGUCCAAAAAUUAUAAUCAAAAAGCAUUUAAUACACCCUAAAUAUAAAGAAGAACACACAUUUGAUUAUGAUAUUCAAUUAUUAUUGUUCAGAAGUCUACAUUUUAGUGAAUUUGUUAGAUCUAUUGAAAUUAGCAAUGAAAGUUUUGGAAGUAAAGUUUAUGUUUCUGGAUGGGGUUAUGGGUUUGAAAAGGGAGAUUACAACGAUAUACUUCAACAAGUCGAGCUACCAAUUAUACCAAUAAGAGAGUGCCAAAAAGUUAAUAAUUUAUGGUAUAACCAUACGCUUACUUCUAGAAUGUUCUGCGCGGGAGGAGAAGGGGUUGAUGCUUGUCAGGGCGACAGUGGAGGAGGCGCAGUCUCUUCCGGGCGUCUAGUCGGCCUAUCGUCUUUCGGAUUCGGCUGCGGGCGUCGUAUACCAGGAGUAUACACCAAUGUGACUGAAACUAGGGUCCGAAAGUGGAUAAAAGAACAUACAGGGGUUUAAGCGUCACACAGAUGCCCUUAAAAAGUUACCCUAAAAUGUGUAAUGUCAGAAAAUUUCCCCGGUGUUGAGGCAUACGAAUUUUUAAUAGAUACUAGUUGACCUGACAGACGUUGUCCCGUCUUAACUAUGAAUUUGCAGCGCGCAUUCUGUUAAUCGCUGA